UCAAAGGUCCACAAUCGGUUGAUUGUCUUUGUUGAUCGUUUCUUGGUGAAUAUUUGUGGGCCGUUGUUUUUUGCAUGAUAUCUUCUUUACUUUUAUUGUGUGUACGUUGCGAACUUUGUACUUGCUGCUGCAAGAGUAACGUUCGUCUUCGCAGAAAAAGCACAUAUUCUAAGGAUGGAAACUGGAGGAGUUCUAGCAGCGGAACGUAGCCCGGCACGUGCCAAUUUACAUGUUGCUUUUACUGAAAAAGGAGAAGUCAAAGAACGUAGGGAGAAGUUUCUCACAGCCAAAUAUGGUUCCCAUCAGAUGUCACUAAUUCGUAAAAGACUGGCAGUUGAAAUGUGGCUUUUUGAUGAGCUGCAAAAAUUGUACGAGUCAGUGAAUGAGAAUGGAAAAAAUCGAGAAGUUGAAGUUGAUAUAGAUGAAUUACUCGACAUGGACAGUGAUGACCACAGACGGAGUUAUUUACAAGAUUUACUAGUGGAUGCAAAGAAGCCUCCUCAUGAUGUGAAAAAAUUCAUCAAUGAUUUACUGGAAAAAGCUAAAACUCUCUGAAGAGUGUGUAUUUACCACGGAUCAGUUAUACUGCUGUAUCUGUAAAAGUCACAAACAUUGCUCACUACCAAAUUUCAACAUAAAUGUGUACAAGUGAGAAGUGACCAUGCAGCCUGAAUCAUGCAGAGUUUGCCGAGGAAAAGAAUCUGUAACGAUUUGGAAUAAGUAUUAACAUUUAUCUCAACUAAUUUUUAUUCAGGCGUACAUACACAUUGUUUCAUAUUGAAAACAAAAGAGAGAGAGAAAGAAUCAGCAUUUAACGCAACCAUCUAGAUACAUGGUGAUAAAAUCAUAGAAAGAAAUUGUGUGCGCAUCGCACACCAAGCAUUGAAGCUGUUAGUACAGAGACUGCCGCCUAACCAUAAAAAAAAAAAACAAAGUAAACCGAUUUCCGUAACUCUGAGGAAUUGCCUUCCAGCGUUGUAAUAUUUAAUUAAAAAAAAAAAAUCAUAAAAAGUAGAGCGAUGUUCUUUGAAAUUGACAGGAAGGUACAUUCUUCGCAUACAAUAUAUACUUGUAUGUCAGUUUAGCACAGUAAUUAACUCUCUUGAAACAAACUGGACCCCAACUUGCCACUUAAUUUAGUAAUUGGAAUAAUGGUACAAAGACACGAAGGGCAAUAGCCAUUGCUUUUAUUAAUUAUUUCCAAAAGUAGAUCAUACUAAUAAAUGCAUUAUCCAAUGUAAAACUAAUUUGCCUCUGUGAAAAGUGGCAAAAUAACGGCAGCAAUUGUUUACUCGCGUGAACACGAAACUCUAUUCAGGUAAUAAGAUGUGCGUGUUAAUUGAAUUCAUUCGGAAUGAAGUGCCAAAUACGUGAUAAAUUCUAUGGAAGUACACAAUGUGUGCAGUGUAUCUCGCCACUUCUGUGUUUUUAUCAGAGUAGGCACACAGCGAAGUCCCAGUAACAUUUAAUUGUACGAUUUAUUACACCAAACAGGCACAAUCGCAGACAUCAUUUAGCGUAUAUCUGCUUGAAAUGGGAGGGAUAUUGAACAAAUCUAAAUUACGUACAAGUAAAUUGUUUUGAAGAUCAAUAAGCUUAUUUAACAACGGAUAAAUUUACCUAAGCAAAUCCGAAGAGAAAUACCUUGAAGUAACUAUAAAAAUUUCAAAAUAAUUCAAAAGUUUCUAAUAAUAAUAUUAAUGAGUUAUUUCAGCGAUAGAGAUAUAAAUUGUUUGAUAAUUUCCGCAUAUCAGAAUUCUGUUUAGGCUUAUGGAAAUAUGUUCUAACGGAUGGCAUAAUGUGCAUAUUGCUGAAAAAGUUAGUCGAACAGGGCUAUGAAAUACUUUGGUCACGGUACUUUAUUUAAAAUUCGAAGUCUGAUGAUUUUAAGAGUAUCAGAAAAACAAUCAAUACUGCCAAAUGAUACAUGGAUUGGAAUGUAACGAAAAAUGAAGAGCCAAUGAUAUUCCGUUUGAACAGUCGAUAUGCAAUGAUGAAUGGCAUUUAAUGUAUUUCUUUUUGAUCGUUGUUUAGAGAGUCCCUCUUUUUCAGUCAGAUUAUACGGUAUCGAAGGUGCUACAAGAUACAGCCCUGUAUAUCACUGUUCGCUUCUUAGAUACAUAUCCUUUCGUUAUAUGCCGUGGCAUGUCUUUGACGAUAGAUAUUAAGUAAGAGAAAAAUCAAACCGCAAUCUUAAUACCAUGUUGUAUUAUAACGUAAUAAUAGAGAAAGUUUCGAAAGGGAAUACGUGAUUUGUUGUGUACAAGAAAGGAAGAAAAACUAGCAUUAGUUGCGUCAGAGGAAAGAAUUUGCAGAAGCAACACAAUGAGGCGUGUCCUUCGAUGACAUAAAUCAGGAAGAAUGCGGAAGGAUAGGGAUUAAUUAAAUCCUUGAUAUCUUCAAUCGUCGCACAAAUUAUUUCACAGCCCUUCGGAUCUUACAUUGCCAGCUGUAAUUUGCGUUUACGGGCUAACAGUUUAUUUCACAGCCGGUAUCGAACAAAUGUAUUCCUUGCAAUGUCGCGCAUUAAAUGUUUCAAGAUGGUAUACUAUUGUUAAGUGUUCACGUUGAAAUCCAGUUGUUGCGAAGAUCUUCAUAAAUUUGUGGAGCUUCUCGGUUGUCGUGUAAGUAGCGAUACUUUUGUACUGCACAGUUAGAUCAGGUACUCUAACCCUACAACCAAGGUGCUAAUCGGCGAGGUUUUUAGGAAGAGGAAAAGGAAAGCCUCCUGGGAUUUCCGCUGGAAUGAAAGGUGCACCUGCGAUUUCGUUAAUUUUACCAGAGAUGAAUGGGGAGAUGUUUCCACUAUUGUCUAAAGGGAGGCACGGCUCCCUAGCGCCGUGGAACUGCGUUCAAAAGGACGAAAUGUUCUCUAUCGGUAAAGAAAAAUCCGUCUGCAGAUUUCAAAUACAGCACAGUAUCGAUAGAAUGAAGUUAUCGCCUUUUCGUUUUUAGUAUCAGGGUCAACGUAGAUUGGGAAAGAAGGCUACAAACAUCAAAUAAAAUUGUUAUGCGUGGAUGAUUGAGAUUACGACGCGGCACCCACGUAUACCCUGUUUUACCGAUCACGAAGAUUUCGCCCCUUUGAAAGUAGUUCCAAUUUUUACACAGGUGUAAAGUGCGUAGAGGGCGCUAGUAGGCCGUGCCUCUCAUUCAAAGAAUGGCGUGAAGCAUUUCCCCGCUCAUUUCUCAUUUUACCAAAGAUAUUUACGCACUCUCGGAAAUCUCGCUUCGUCGAACACCCGUUUCGCAGUAGUUUGUAUUUCACUUCCGAAAUGUUAACUCUCAGCGCACAGCCCAUGUUCUCGCAAUGGCAAUUA